GCUGCGGUUUGAAUUCCAGCGGCGCUGGUAGACAGAACAAGAGCUGCCUUGGAGGGGCGGGACCUGGGGAACUGAGUGCGUCGGGACUGCCUGGGGCACCAGGGGCAUCACCUUUGCAGACACCGGUGCCAACACCAUCUCUGUGUUCCGGACGGACUCGGUGAUGGAAGAGGACGCCACUCUGCCAGGAACCCUCAGCGGCUGCAGUGGCCUUUUCCCUGUUCUGCCAAGUGAUCUGGAUGUCAUCAGUGAUGCUGCUGGCUUGGGAAAUGGAGUGCUCCCAAAUGUGUCAGAAGAAAAGGUCUCUCCUUCCAGAGCACGGAACAUGAAGGAUUUUGAAAACCAAAUCACAGAGCUGAAGAAGGAGAACUUCAAUCUAAAGCUCCGUAUCUAUUUCCUUGAGGAGAGGAUGCAGCAGGAGUUUGCUGGCCCCACAGAGCACAUCUGCAAGACGAACAUUGAACUCAAGGUGGAAGUGGAAAGUCUGAAGCGAGAGCUCCAGGAGAGAGAUCAGUUGCUCCUCAAAGCCUCCAAAGCAGUGGAGAGCCUAGCAGGAGGGGGUGGUUCCGAAGUCCAGCGGGUGGAGGAAGAUGCUCGGAAGAAGGUGCAACAGGUGGAAGAUCUCCUAACUAAAAGGAUACACCUUCUAGAAGAAGAUGUGAAAGCUGCCCAAGCAGAACUGGAGAAGGCCUUUGCGGGAACAGAAACAGAGAAAGCUCUUCGGCUCAGCUUAGAAAGCAAGCUGUCAGCAAUGAAGAAGAUGCAGAAGGGGGACCUGGAGAUGACUCUGGCUCUGGAAGAGAAGGACAGACUGAUUGAGGAGUUGAAGCUGUCUUUGAAGAGCAAAGAAGCUUUAAUUCAAUGCCUUAAAGAGGAGAAAUCUCAGAUGGCAUCUCCUGACGCGAAUGUGUCAUCUGGAGAACUCCGAGGACUUUCUGCCACUCUGAGGAAAGAAAAGGAGAGAGAUGGUGAGGCUGCACAUAGGGAACGGCAGAAGGAGAGCAAUCAUUUUGAAGAGAGGAUCCAGGCACUUCAGGAGGACCUGAGAGAGAAGGAAAGAGAAAUUGCUACCGAGAAGAAAAAUAGCUUAAAGAGGGAUAAAGCCAUCCAGGGCCUAACCAUGGCAUUAAAAUCAAAGGAAAAAGAGGUUGAAGAACUUAACUCUGAAAUCAGAGAGCUCGCUGCUGUCUUCACCAACACCAGAGAGACUCCCUCAAAAACCCAGGGGUCUGAGGACUCUGACGCUGCCCUGGCAGAAAAGGAAACCCUUUUGGCCAAGCUGCACUCGGAAAACCUCACAAAGAACACUGAGAACCAUCAGCUGCUCAGGAAUGUUAAAAAGGUUACCCAGGAGUUGAGUGACCUGAAGAAGGAGAAGCUGAGACUGGAGAGAGACCUGGAAGAAGCCCACCGAGAGGGGAGCAGAGGAGCCCAAACCAUCCAUGACCUUAGAAAUGAAGUUGAGAAACUACGCAAUGAAAUGAAUGAGAGAGAGAAGGCAGUGGAGAAGCAUUAUGAGAGUCUUCUGGGAGAAAGCAAUAGAAAGUUCCAUACUCAAGAACAAGUGGUUAGACAUCCAACAGAAAGUACUAGCCAGGAGGACCUGACGCUUCAGAAAUCCAAUGAAAAAGAUUUGGAAGCAAUACAGCAGAACUGUUAUUUAAUAACUGCAGAGGAGCUCAAGUUUGGGAGCAAUGGCUUAAUAACAGAAAAGUAUUCGCAGCAGUCACCAGGCAGCAAACUCAUCUUCUCCAAGGAAAAGCAACAAUCAGACUAUGAAGAGCUGACUGGGAACUUAAAGACAGACAGGAGCAUCUAUACCCAUUUGGCAAAGACUUUGCAGGACACAGACAGUGUCAGUGAACUGCAGGCUGAGCUGAAAGAGGUUCUUGCCCUGAGGAAGCAGCUGGAACAGGAUGUGCUUGCCUAUCGGAAUCUGCAGAAGGCCCUGCAGGAGCAGCUAUGUGAAAUUCGGAGGCGGGAAGAAGAGCCGUUUUCAUUUUAUAGUGAUCAAACAUCAUAUCUAAGUAUUUGCCUUGAAGAGCACAAUCAGUUUCAAGUGGAACAUUUUUCUCAAGAAGAACUCAAGAAAAAGGUCAGUGACCUCAUACAGCUUGUGAAGGACCUACAUACAGACAACCAGCACCUGAAGAAAACCAUUUUUGAUCUCUCUUCCAUGUGUUUUCAGGGAAAUGACAGACUUGAGUCAACAAAACAAGCAGAGAUCAUGGAAGACUAUGCUGAGGAUGGUUGCAAAGAUGGAUAUUUGAGGCACAUGGAGUCACAUCUUUUAGACCAUGGGGCCCACACACCCGGCAUCCCUGGAGGCCAGAGCCUACAAGAUGAGCUCCAGGGCCUGCUUGCCACUUUCUCCUGCAAGAGGCCCACACCAUUGCUGGAAUCCAGGCCGGAUCUUCUGAAAGCACUUGGUGCCCUGCUUUUGGAACGAAUAUGCUUGGAGGAGCAGGGCCUUUCUGGAGACCACCUUGAUAGUAAAGCUGAGAAAGUGCUUCAGCAAGUAACUGUUCAGUUGAGAGAUGAACUUGGCCCUUCCUUCCCAGCCAAUUCAUUCUCCAAGUCACACAAUGAACUCAAGUCAGUGUGGAGGACAGGUGACGAAGGCAGAGUGGGCCUGAAGAAUGCCUCAGUGCAGACCAUCACCAUCGAGGACACCCCUCAUGGAUUCAUAUCUCUAAGAGAAGCUUGGGUAGAGAAAUCAAAGGAAGCCAUUUUCAGUACCGAGCCUGGGUCAGGGGCCUUGGGUGAGAUGCCAGGGCUACGGACCACUCCCCUUUCAUUCCCCAGUGCCAUCAACAAGGAUGCUGAGAAGACAGGCCUGCUCUUCCAAUUAAAGACAUCUGAGUUACUGGAAAAUACAUAUGAUCGUCCUGUCUCCCUGGAAGUAGUGGCUCAACUCCAGAGCCAGGUUCUAGAGCUGCAGAGGGAGCUGAAAGAAUUUAAAACCCGCAACAAACAACUCCAUGACAAGCUAAUUCUGGCAGAGGCAAUAAUGGAGGGGAUGGCAGUACCCAACCCUACACUGGUGAAUGAUUCUGAAAUCUGUUCUCCUGAUGACCUUGCCUUAGUACCAGCAUUCAAGGAGAACCCUGAGGACUGCCUCGACCCACCUUCCAUAGCCACUUACUUGAAUUCCAAGAGUCAGCUCUCUGUUAAAGUCAGUGUGAUUGGUACUGACCCGUCUGAGAACAUUGAUAUCCCUGAGGACAUAGAAGCCUUAAAACAGAAAAUCCAGGACUUGCAAAGUGAGCUGGAAGGCUACCGAAACUUCAUAGUCCAGCUACAGAAGCACUCUCAGUGCAGCAAGGCCAUUAUCACAGUUUUGUGUGGGACAGAAGGGGCCAAAGAUGGCUUAAACAAGUCUACAGGCCACAUUGAUGAAGAAGAAAUGACAUUUUCAAGUUUGCACCAAGUACGGUAUGUGAAGCACAUGAAAAUCCUCCAUUCACUUACCCCAGAGAUGAUUGACGGCAGGAUAUUAGAGAGCCUCAAACAACAGCUGGUAGAACAAGAGCAGGAGCUACAGAAGGAUCAGGAUUUGAACUUGGAACUUUUCAGCAAAAUCCAUAACCCGCAGAACAAGUUCCGAGACCUUUCUCCAUCAAGAUAUGAUUCAUUGGUUCAGUCCCAAGCCAGAGAGCUCUCCCUUCAGCGGCAGCAGAUUAAGGAUAGCCAUGACAUCUGUGUCAUUUACCGUCAACACAUGAGCAUCAUGAUCAAAGCAUUUGAGGAGCUUCUGCAGGCCAGUGAUGUGGACAGUUGUGUGGCUGAGGGCUUCCGGGAGCAGCUAACACAGUGUGCUGGACUGCUAGAGCAGCUGGAGAAGCUUUUUCUCCAUGGAAAAUCAGCUGGAGUGGAACCAUGUCCCCAGAGUGAAUUGCUACAGAAGUUAAGAACUGAGGAAGACAACUUUGCUUACCAACAUCUCCUGCCUGAAUCUCCUGAACCUUCUGCCUCACAGUCACUAUCAGAUGAUAAAAUGUCUGAGAAGUCCUUCCUGUCCCGAGACCAGAAGCCAGACAGCGAGACAGUGGCGAGCCAUUUUCCUCAAGACUUACUAAUGGAACACAUACAGGAAAUUCGAACUUUGAGAAAACAUUUGGAAGAAUCUAUUAAAACAAACGAGAAGCUCCGGAAACAGCUGGAACGACAUGGAUCUGAGGCUGACCAAGGUUCCACAAAUGUUUCUGCUUAUGGCUCAGAACUGCAUAGCUCUCUGACAUCAGAGAUACAUUUCCUGAGGAAGCAGAACGAGGCCCUCAGUAUGAUGCUUGAGAAAGGAUCCAAAGAUAAACAGAAAGAGAAUGAAAAAUUACAGGAAUGCCUGUCCAGGAAGGUUGCAGGUCUUGAGCACCUUCAGCUAGAGUACGCCAGUGUAAGGGAAGAAAAUGAAAGGUUACAGAGAGACAUCAAUGAAAAGGAGAGACUCAACCAACAGCUGACUCAGGAGGUCUGCAGCACUCACCAGGAGCUGAGCAGGGUGCAGGAAGAAAUGAAAUCAAGGCAGCAGCUGCUCUCACAGAAGGACAAGCUGCUUCAGUCUCUCCAAGUGGAGCUGAAGGUGUAUGAGAAGCUGGAUGAGGAACAUGGGAAGCUACAGCGAGGAGCCCGAGGUGAGUCAUCUGGAGAAGGCUGGAUGGGGCUGGAUCCUUUCAGCAACCUGCGUAGCCUCCUGACCGAGAUGCAGGCUCUUCGCAAGCAGUUAGAAAAGAGCAUUCAGACUAACAGCACCCUGAGGAGCAAGCUGGAAGAGCAACUGUCACAGGGGUCAACGAAGGCCCAGGAAGGGGCCCUCACUCUGGCUCUUCAGGCCCUGUCUGUCACUGAGUGGUCACUUCAGCUGGACAAACAUGAUGGCAACAAAUGUCCAGAGGGCAGUGAUAAUUCAUUUGAUCUGUUUGAAUCCACUCAUGCAAUGGCUCCUAAAUCAGCUUCUGAGACUCUUCUGCUUUCUGGAACUGAUGCUGACUCCCUCUCCUGUGACAGCAGUUCUACCAUGAGCCCCACUUGCAUGCCCUGCCUGGUUCCUGGCCACCAGGUGUGGGCCAGCAAGAGUGGCCACCAUAUACUGGGCCUGAUUGAGGAUUAUGAUGCCCUUCAUAAGCAGAUCAGCCGGGGCCAGAAACUGCUUGCCAAGAUGGACAUUCAAACUCAAGAGGCUCUGAGCCCCAUACGUCAAAAGCUGGGGCCAAAGGAUUCACACUUUGUGCCUUUGAGCACGUUUCUCUCUAGCAUGAACAUAGCCAAGCUGAUCCUGGAAGAAGCCUCCAGGUUGCUGAAGCUCUUCUGGAGAGUCUCUGUUCCCACAGAUGGCCAGUGUUCACUUCACUGUGAGCAGAUUGAAGAAAUGAAGGCAGAAAUCACCACACUACACAAAAAACUGUUUGAACAAGAAAAGAAGCUGCAGAAUACAGCAAAACUUCUGCAGCAGAGCAAGCACCAGGAGAAAGUCAUCUUUGAUCAGUUGAUCAUCACCCACCAAGUCCUUCGGAAGGCCAGGGGAAACCUGGAGCUCAGACCUAGGGCGGCUGCCCAUCCAGAAACUUCCAGUCCCAGCAGACCUGGCUUGUGAGGAGAGCUUUCAGCUAAUAAAGCUUGUGGUCCUGA